AUGGCCAAGGGCACAGGCUACGAGACGGUGCAGUUCGAAGACCACCACGACGACAGGAGCAGCACCGAGGUCGAGGAGUCGCUGAUCGGCGACGAGAAGCCGUGCAGGAGCUGCUAUGCCGCGAAGGCGCUCGAGGGGACGAGGCCCGGGCCCGGGAGAGAGAGGGGGAGGUGGAGGGAGAGGCUCGGCGCGCUCAGCGGCGUCGUCAACACGCUGCUGCUGCUGGCGAAUCUCGGGCUGCUCGUCCGGCAGAUGACGCGCGAGCCGCGGGUCAACACGUGGGAUUUCGGUGGCGACCUGACCGGCGUGGGGCCGCGGUUCGCCCAGCAGAUCAAGGUCUUUGAGCCGGACUAUGACGGGAAAUUCGCGCCAAACGAUACGUCGCUCUUCUUUACCAACGAGACGCUGAACAACUGGAACGAACUUAUGCCGAUCGGCAUGGGCUUCCAAUGGGUGAAUGACACACACAAGUACCAUGACUUGCCGACACCCAUCAUCUGGCCCGGCAAGACGGUCUUCACGACAUCCAUCACGCAUCAGCUCCACUGCUUGUUUGCUGUGGUACAGACAUACUCAGGCCUCAAGUCGGAUCAUGAGCUCCCCGAGGACCACCACUGGCACAUGAUCCACUGCUUCGCGUACCUGCGACAGACCAUCAUGUGCUCUGCCGACACGGCAUUGGAGGGUUUGGAAACCACAUUUCCAGACCACAACGGCGGAUCAGACGGUUGGGAUUCGAAGCAUGACUAUGGCGAGGUGACGCGCUACCUGGAGAGUGUCCGGGCGUAUGAUGACCGGGAAAUCUUCUAG